UAUCGGUAUUCCAUACAAGACGGAACGGAACGGAAGGCGAGCCACCAAAAACAUUUCAUGCAUAUAAGCAAUAUUCGCAUUGCUGCUGCACUCAACGCAAGUCGUGCUAUUUAAGAACCGUAACAUUGCUGCUCUCUCUGUGUGUGGCUGUGUGUGUGCGUGAGUGAGUGUGUGCGCCGCAUCAGUUUGCUGUUUGGCUUCUUUUAAUCAUUUGCCGCCUUUAUACACAUGUAUGUGUGUGUGUUUCUCCUCUGUUAUGGCCGCUGUUAUACACAACAUAGUAUCUGUCAUUUGAUGGUGCAACAAAGUUCGUGUUAACGUACGUCGACAGACACAUACAAACAAAACACACGUAGCACGUAUGUGUGUGCCGUUAAUUCUACUGCCGAAGAUUAAGAUGAAUCUGUGCGGUUCAUUAAGCCGCGAACUCUUCCUCGAAGUUAACCGCAAGACUUAGAUAAAUAUAUAUAUUUAAGUUAUAUGAUAAGUAGACCGAAUUGCAGCGUAGGCAAUAGACAAAACGGAGACAGCGAGAGCAGGAAAAAGUAAGUGCCGAGAGAUACGUAGACAGGCACACGCCCGGCCGUAGCUGAGGGACGGACAACGCACUUUCCGGCGACUAGUAUGGCCGCAUCAAAUUACGCCGUGCGGGGCAUCAUAGGGCAACACACUCGUACCACAUGGCACUAAAACAAAGCCCAAGGCAAACGCAAACACUCUUGCAUGUGGCAUGACUACGACCACGAUUACGACUGCGACUAGAAGCGAGUUGUGUGUGGAGCUGCAAUUAAGGCAGACAGGCCGUGCCGGAGGCCGAAGACAAUAGGUGCGCCCCAUAGUCCUCGUCCACGUCCACGUCAUCGUCGACCUGUUAGUGCUCUUCAAGUUAUACAACAUCCACGCCACGCCACACCACGCCACACCACGCCACACCACGCCACAACACGACACGCCACGCCACGGCACGGCCAUAGGUUAGCGCCUGUCCGGGCUUAGCCAAAUCCCAAGCGCCAACAUGUUGCGCAGCUGUGUCUGCCUGCAGCGAGCUGGCGGCGGCGGUGGCAAGCGACGCAGCUCCUCCGUGGAGGACGCCUCCUCGUGCCGCUCGUCGGAAAUAGAGCGUGUCGGUGCCAGCAUGCAGACAACCACACUGGGCACCAAUGGCCAGCCGCAAACGCUCGCACCUCAGCCAAAUACGCGCGCAUCCAGUCUGCUGCAGCUGUUCCACAGGAAAGGUUGGUGCAAGCACUUCCGCAAACCGCUCCGAGGCAUGAGCGCAACGCGAGUCGAGAAAUCUAUCCGUGCGGCAAUAUUUAUUCAAAAAUGGUUCCGCCGUCAUCAGGCGCGUCAGGAGAUGCGAAAGCGUUGCAAUUGGCAAAUAUUUCAAAAUGUGGAGUAUGCCUGCGAACAGGAUCAGGCGGAGCUGUACAAGUUCUUCAAUGACCUUAUCAAGCACAUGCCUCAGGCCGCCGAGGCAGGAAAUAAAUCUAACUCACAACGAUGUUCUGGCUUGGAGAAGAGUGGUACCUUGUAUGAGGAGAGCGGCGAUAUGGCGCGCAUAGAACUAACAGUGCCCAUAACGAAGAGCCACAUAGAUCUACUGAUUGAUGUGUUCCGCAAGAAACGGGGCAACCGUCUGCAUCCAAAGUAUGUGUGCCUGAUAUUGCGCGAGGCUGCCAAGUCGCUCAAACAGAUGCCGAACCUUUGGAUGGUGUCGACUGCUGUCUCCCAGCAGGUGACCAUUUGUGGGGAUCUGCAUGGCAAACUGGACGAUCUGCUGGUUGUGCUCUAUAAGAAUGGCCUGCCGUCCGCUAGCAAUCCUUAUGUCUUCAAUGGCGACUUUGUCGAUAGAGGCAAAAGGGGGCUGGAGGUGUUCCUGCUGCUGCUAUCGCUGUACCUGGCAUUCCCUAAUUCGGUCUUCCUGAAUCGUGGUAAUCACGAAGACAGUGUUAUGAAUGCCCGAUACGGCUUUAUACGCGAAGUAGAAGGAAAGUAUCCACGUAAUCACAAGUAUUUGCUGUCGCUGAUUGAUGAGGUUUACCGCUGGCUUCCACUGGGAUCCAUAUUGAACAAUCGCGUGCUAAUUGUCCACGGCGGCUUCUCGGAUACCACCAAUCUUGAUCUCAUCAAAAGCAUCGACAGGGGAAAGUAUGUUUCCAUUCUGCGUCCCCCUCUAAUGGAUGGCGAGGCUCUGGACAAGGCUGAGUGGCAACAGAUUUUCGAUGUCAUGUGGAGCGAUCCGCAGGCCUCGCAAGGCUGUAAGCCAAAUCAGCUGCGUGGAGCCGGUGUCUGGUUCGGGCCAGAUACAACAGAAUCGUUCUUGAAGCGCCAUCGACUCAGUUACGUGAUACGCUCGCACGAAUGCAAGCCAAAUGGACACGAGUUCAUGCAUGACAACAAGGUCAUCACCAUAUUCUCUGCCUCGAACUACUAUGCCAUCGGCUCCAAUAAGGGCGCUUAUAUGCGCCUGAAUAACCAGCUGGUGCCGCACUUUGUCCAAUACAUUUCGGCCGCCUCGCAGACCAAGGAGCUGUCCUUCAAGCAGCGCAUGGGCAUCGUGGAGUGCGCGGCCUUGAAGGAGCUGGCUGUGCGAAUGCGCGAGCACCGGGAUGAGCUGGAGGAGGAAUUUCAGAAGUACGACCCAGAUGACAGCGGCUGCAUAACCAUUGCCAAGUGGUGCUUUGUCAUGGAGAGUGUCACCAAGCUGGGCCUGCCCUGGCGGCUGCUGCGCGAAAAGCUGGCGCCCGGCACGGAUAGUCAAAGCGUAAACUAUAUACGAACCUUGGAUUUGCUGGACACGGAUGUUAUUAUGAAAGCCGAGGCUGACGGCACAUCGGUCAUGGACGCUUUGUAUGCCAAUAAAGCCAGCUUGGAAACCAUAUUCAAUAUUAUAGACGCUGAUCACUCAGGUGAGAUAACGCUGGAUGAGUUCGAGAAGGCGAUUGAUCUGCUGGUCGCUCAUAUGCCUGGCGUUUACUCCAAGAACGAGAUGCUGGAGAAGUGCCGCAUGAUGGAUCUCAAUGGGGACGGCAAGGUGGAUCUGAAUGAGUUCUUGGAGGCAUUUAGGCUCAGCGACUUGCACAGAAAGGAACAGCAGGAGGAGUAUCUGCGCAAGCGUUCAACAACCAAAUCCAUUAUAUCGCAGCAUCCCUCGGAUUCGGUGACGAAGCUCGCUGACAAGAUAUCCAAAAAUAUGGUGCUCAUUGAACAGGAUAUCGAUCCGACGGACUGUGAGGCGAAGGAUGUGGGGCAAAGGUCAUAAAUAUGAUUAGGAUUGGGUAGUACAAUUAUGCAAUUAUUUCACUAAAUUAUAAGAGGUCAGAUCUAAUAUAUCGACACUAAAACUAUGCUAGGAACGAAAUAUUAAGUUAUAUAACAGAUCAAAUUCCGAAUUGCUUCUGAAACCAAGCCUAAAUAAAUAUGUCUUCAGCUGUUUUUAACCCCUGAACACUUUCAAGGCUUGCUUAAAAUAUUUCCUAAAGUUUAUUUCCAACUGAUUGGCUUAAUUUUUGCACAAAUUUACAACUAAAAUUCGGGGUAUAUAGCAUACUUACAUACAUACAUAUAUAUUUAUAUCGUUAACGAUUUAAAAGGCAAUUAUGAAACAACUGUGGAUCGAGGAAAGUGUUUGUUGGUGAUUAACAGAAAAGAGCAAAUAUUUAUAUAAAAAUAUAUCCAUUAGAAAAUAUAUGAUAUCUAGCUUUAAGCUCCAUUACCUCUGCUAAUAUAUAUAUAUAUAAAACUUAUUUUUCCAAAGCAUAAGGAAAGGCAAGCUAAAGAUGGCCAAUGGGCCACAUCAUUCCCAGCCUUUAGUUUCCUCUCAAUUGCAUUCAAUUACAAUUAGCAAUAAGUGAAAGGAUGGAUUUUAAGAACUGCUUUUAACUAAAAUAUAUUUUAUUUUAUAAUUACCCAAAGUACAAAGGAUAUAUAAAGUCAUAGAUAACAGCAAUUUAUAUAUGAAGCGGCGGUACUCGAAUAUUUAAGAAUUACAUAAAUAUUUAAAUAUAUAUAUCGCAAUUGUUUAAACACAUUGUUCAAGCCAAGGGAUCAAAAUCUAACAUUUAAAUUGUUUUGAAAUGCUUACCUAAUACAAUAGUAAUUAUAUUGUUACAUAUAUACGCCCAGUUGGGCAAUGUUAUGAAUAUGCAAGAAAAAUAUAUUUAUGUUAUAUGCAAAAUACAUACAUACAUAUAUAUUUUGAUAAGUCCAGUCUUUCUACAUUAGUAAAUUAACAUCAAGAAAUCAAUUAACGAUAUGCGAAUAUAUACACAUACUUAUAUAAUCUAUGAUACCUACUUACAACUAAUGUUCUCAAUUGAAUGUUUGGAAAUUCGGAAAACAUAAAAUUGCUAAGCUGAGCAAUUGAGAAACUCACUAAAUCAAACAUUGUAGCUAAUAUCUAUAAUCAAAACUAACGAUCUGGUCCAAAUAAAAUUUAUUGAGUUUGCCUCAUAAGGAAAUAACAUUUUAAUAAAUACAUCUUUUGACUCUAUAACUA